CAAAUUAAGAAUAACAUGGUAUUCGGCCUUGGCGGCGUAAACAUUAGCGCUCUAUUGUUUAUGUUUUACGACUUUGUUAUCAUUUACGCGACGACACAUGAAUAGUAUUGUAAUAGUGGGAGAAGCUACGUCACAAAUUCCUUUCCUAUAAUACUUCAUCAUUCACGCGACAACACUCGAACAGAAAAGUAGUGAUGCGGGACGCUCCACAUCUUUCUUUUCCAAUCGCGAUCGCGCCAACUAUUAUAUACGUUUACAUACAUUAAAUCAUACUAUUAUUAAUAUUCGACAAUUUGAAACGUCAAAAUAUUUCUGCAACAUAUUAUCAAUAACAAAGUGUUCGAUCUUAGUGACGUAUACCGCGCUAUUGUUUAUAUGUUACGACCUUGUUAUCAUUCGUACGGCGACACUCUAGCACUGAAGUAGUGGUGCGAAACGUUUCGUAUAUUGUCAAAUUUUUCCUUUAAACGCGAUAGUGAUUAAUAUCAAAACAUAAUUCGCUAUUAUUACAAAAUUAACGAUCAAUUAAUUUUUGACAAAUGACACAAAAUUGCCGCGAUGAUAAAUCUCAAUGAUAAAUCGAAGCGCUGUGCAUACGAUUGGAAAAGCUAUACAAAGUGUCCAGCAAUCACUAUUCGAAUAAUUGUAAUUAAUUGUGUUUUCACGAGUAAGUGUAAGUGCUGUGUGUAUACAACAAAAGAACGAGAGAGGAAAAACUUUGGAAAAGCAUUAGACGACAGAGCGAUGAUAACGUAGCCUUAAAACAAAUCUCCGCUGUUGCGCAUCAGUGCCAACAUCAAUUACCGGGAGCGAAACCCACAGAUUGCAAUGGCAGGAUUAUCUUGUGAUUAGCGUAAUCAUGUUAAUUUCCGUCAUCAUAGGGAUUUACUAUCGAUUCAGCGGUGGUCGACAACGUACGGCAGAGGAAUACUUUACUGCGGACAGUUCGAUGGGUGUCCUUCCUCUCUCGAUCGCCAUGAUGGCCUCCCACAUAUCGGCAAUUAGUAUGCUCGGAAUGAGUGGGGAAACUUAUAUCCGCGGCAUGUUUCUUGUAAUAUUAUAUCUGAGCGGUAUUUUCACCGUGCCAAUCAUAGCCUUCUGCUAUCUACCAGUCUUUUUCGAGGUGCAGGUCGUAAGCAUCUACGAGUAUCUGGAGAAACGAUUUGGAUUAUAUGUGCGAUUGCUGGUAAGCGCGGCAAAUUUUAUCGAGACGAUGUUACUGACCGGUGUGAUGCUGUAUGCUCCUUCAUUAGCUCUCGAGGCCACCGCAGGAUUAUCGAGUCUUAUGAGCAUCUUGGUACUCGCCACAAUUUGUACCUUCUAUUCCACGAUAGGUGGUAUCAAAGCAGUACUAGUCACCGAUAUCUUCCAGGGCUUGCUUAUGAUCGUUGCUCUUAGCGUUAUCAUCUUAAUUGUUGCUAUGGAGAUUGAUGGAGGAAUCGGUGGUAUUUGGCGUAUUGCUCUGGAAGGGAAUCGACUUGAUGUCUCCAACGUGAGUUUGGAUCCAACUGUUCAGUACACGUGGUGGAGUCUUUUGAUCGGCGGAGGAUCGAUAAGUCUAUCUUUUCUUGCAGUGAAUCAAGUGCAAGUUCAACGUUUAAUGACUGUUAAAAGCGCAAAAGUGGCUAUGAAUGCCCUACUGCUGUGUGGUCCUUUCAUCGCACUAGUAGGUUUCUUAACAUGUUUCACCGGAUUGGCUCUAUAUGCAAUCUACAGGGAAUGCGACCCUGUGGCCUCCGGAAAGAUCACUACCUACGACAAAAUAGUGCCGUUUUUCACUGCGGAGAGAUUGUCACCUGGAUUGAUCGGACUGAUCGUAUCCGGCAUUUUCAGCGCUAGCUUGAGCACGAUUUCUGCUAUGAUGAACUCGUUGGCGGCGGUGGCGCUCGAGGAUUACGUUAAGCCGCUGCAUCGAAAGUUCGGGGUGGACUUUUCUGAUAAGAAAGCCACCUUCACAGCCAAAACUCUUACUUUUUUAAAUGGCAUUAUUUGCCUGUUCUUAGCAUUGUUGGCGAAGACGAUGGGUAGGCUGGUUGCCGUCGCCUUUAGCAUCCACGGAGCUAUUGGCGGACCCAUUCUGGGUAUCUUCACUCUCGGAAUGUUGUGUGAGAGUGCUAACGAGAUAGGAACCAUCAUUGGCAUGAUUACGGCGUUGAUCGUUUGUAUGUGGGCCGCUUUUGGGCAUCCGAAACCACCCGUCCCGGCGUUACCGGUAUCGAUCGAAGGGUGCGCGAAUUCUUCAGCAUUGAUGCUCGCUGAACAGAUGAAGCUCAACAGUACUGUAGAAGCAGACGAAUCGUCGUAUUUCUACCUCUAUCGUAUCUCCUAUUUAUGGUAUAAUCCUAUGGGAUUGAUAAUUACUUUAGUGGUUGGAUACACGGCGAGCUAUGUAGUACGGCUUAUUCAACGCGGAAGCAUUAUUGAACAUGAUCCAAGUUUGUUUAUGCCAUUUGUGGCCGCCAGGAUCAGACGGCGACGCCAAGACGCGCAGAAAACUACAAACAGCCAGAUCUUUGUUCUAUCCUAGCCAUAUAAAAUGAGGCUUUUUUAGUUAAAUAUGAUAAAUAAUUAUUUAUAAAUGAAUAUAUGUUACACAGGUCGAGCGAACGAUAAAAUGAUCCAGGGUGCUUAAUACUAUAAAGAUAAUUGACUGAUUCUGUUAUUGUAAGAAAAUAAAGCUAAAAAUGAAGCUUA